AUGACGUCCGUGCACCUUGCAAUCUCUAAGCUUCCCUGGUCCUACGAGCUCACAAACUUCCCGAAGACUUCAAACCAUAUUAACAAAGCUCCUCCAGUCAAGUUGCACCCUGAUGCUGCCUGCAACUACUGCAACGAAGUUUUCACGAACGCUCAACCUAGUCGCCAUCUCUACCCGCACAUUCAAGUGUGUUCUCGUGCCACGACAACGACGAAGAAAAGGUGGGCAGAAUUAGCCUCUCAGAAGAAACGCAAGGCAAGCUUUGCGGAGAUUCGCUCACCAUCUAAGUCUCGUCGAACUAGCUACGGGGACUCUGUGCGAACACCUCCUCCAAAGGCCGAUGUGAGCAAGGCUGAGGAAGAGAGUUUUCACCUUGACGUUGCCAAAGCCUUUUCACAUCUGGAAUACCUUUUCGGGUGA